AUGUCGCAAUCUUCGCCAGAAUCGCCCCUGAGAGUGGUUGCGCUCGUGGACUACGACUCGUUCUACGCGCAGUAUGAAUCAGUGAGGCUCGGCCUUCCUCAAACCAAGCCCCUCGCAGUCCGCCAAUGGAAUGCCAUUAUCGCACUCAACUACGCGGCCAAACAACGCGGGCUUAAGAGAACAAUCUCUGUUGAUGAAGCCCGUCGGAUCUGCCCAGAUGUGGUUCUUCAACAUGUUCCGACUUGGAGGGAGGGAGACCAUUGCUGGAGGUAUAGAGCCGAUGUUCUGGACCAUCUCAAGACGGACAAAGCCUCUCUAGAUCCAUACCGUCAAGUCUCUCGGAAGACGAUACAGCUUGUCAAAAGGCUUUUGCCUGUUAAACCUGCCCCGACCAUCGAAAGGGCUGGCGUAGAUGAGUUCUAUCUCGAUCUCUCGGCCCAGGUUCACAGCAUUCUCACGGAACGGUUUCCUGCUUUGAAGACGUCAGGCAAAAGCCUGGGUGAGCGCCUGCCGUUACCUCCGGCCGGCACAUUGGUGAACUGGGAUGUUGAUAAGGUGAUGAACCCUUCAACACUUGAUGAUACUAGCGAUAUCCUUGAUUGGGACGAUGUGGCUCUGAACAUUGCAGCCGAAGUUGUUCGCAAUGUCCGCCACGAGAUCAGGAAGCAACUGCAACUCACGACAUCUGCCGGGAUCAGUACCAAUAAGAUGGUCGCCAAGGCAGCUUCUCGCAUGAACAAACCAGCCGGGCAAACUGUCGUUCGACUAAAGUCCAUUCCGUCGAUAAUGCCGACCCUCAAAGCAACCUCGCUUUCAGGCCUGGGAAGACAACUUGGUCAGAGAGUUGUCAAGACAUUUGGCUCUGAUAACAUUCGAGAUCUUCUUCAGGUUUCACUGGCGGACAUGAAAUCACAGCUUGGGGCCGAAGAUGGCGAUUGGGUGUUCAAGGCCAUCAGAGGCAUCGAGCAUGGUCCGGUUAGGCCUCGGAGCGAAGUCCAGUCGCUACUAGCUGCGAAGACUUUCGUACCCAAGGCUGAAGGCUUGCAGCAGGCCAGCAAAUGGCUUCGGAUUUUUGCGGCCGAUCUCGAGUCUCGCCUGCACGAUCUCGAUCUUGAUUCUGAGAUACCUCGUCGCCCUCGAACUAUUGCAGUCCAUCACCACAUUAAUGGACGCUUCGGCCCAACCCGGUCGAAGCAGGCGCCCAUACCAGGAAAAGUUGAGAUCAAUCAGGAAACCAUCUUCAACAUGUUGUACGGACUUCUUAAAGAUCUCACAGAACAUGGGGAGUCUUGGCCUUGCUUGGGUAUUUCUGUCAGCAUGUCGAAUCUUGAAUCUGGGCUGCCUACAGUGGACACACCACGCAUAACCUCCUUCUUUUCUACCAACAGCUCAUCUUCUCCCCGUAAGCGGAACAGGCAGCAAGAGGAGUUGGAGGAUGCAGAACCCGUUACGAAGCGGCAGGCCGUAGCAUCACCCGAUAUCGACACCAUAAGUAGACCCACGGAAGAUGUUAUGGAUAGCGGUAAGGAUGGGGGUUAUCUUUGCCCGAAGUGUGGCGAAGUGGUGCAGGCUGAUGAUUUUCUCGAACACCUGGACUGGCAUGUCGCGAUGGAGAUUCAGGAUCAAGACAGAAACACCUCUCGAUGA